AUGGCUUUGACUUUCCCUUGGAUUUAUCCUGUUCGGGUCGCUCAGGCCAUCUUUGCAAUAAUCGUCCUUGCCUUAACCGCUUACUAUAUCAGUUGGUACACGUACAGUGAUACCGUCAACUUCAUGCUCUUUAACGGCAUAUGGGCAGCUUUCUUUGCAACUCCCUACCUGGCUCUGGCGCCGGCCUUUUUCCCUCAAUUGGCGCAUCGAUUCGUGAUUCCGACUGUGGAAGCGAUUACUAUGAUCUUCUGGUUUUCAGGGUUCAUUGCCCUUGGUGUUUAUCUUCCACCCUCGGAAUUCUGUCACUGGAGUCGUUGCCGCGCUUUACAGGCUGCGACUGUGUUUGGGGCGUUUGAAUGGGCCCUGUUUCUAGCCACCACUGUCGCUGCUGUUCUCGACGCUUUGCGUUCCCGGUCCAGCCCUAAUACGAAGACCACUCACGCGAAUGUCCACGUUGGUGUCUAG